AACUUGAAGCCUUCGUAUUCAACUCCGAUCGUUUCUAAUGGGUGGCAAGCAAAGCUGGUGGCCAAUGGAUUGCAGUCACCGAGAGGUAUAUUGUUCGAUAGCAAGGGUAAUCUCCUCGUUGUGCAGCAAGGGGUUGGCAUCGUCCACCUGGCAUUCGACGAUGGCGGGAGUACUUGCUUGGACGUAUCCAAGAAGACCAAUCUGAUAACUUCAAGCAGUUUAAAUCAUGGAAUUGCACUCUCUGCCGAUGGCAAGACUCUAUACGCGUCUGGCUCCAACUCUGUUUACUCCUGGUCCUACGACGCCUCGGCGGUGACAGUCAGCGACACGAAUCAAACGUUAGUUACGGGCAUGAGCAAUGAUGACCAUACAACACGCACACUGUUGAUGUCUACGAAAGAGCCUGGAAUGUUGGUUGUGUCGAGAGGCAGUAACUCCAAUAUCGACCUUGAGGCUGAGGAUAUCAACACUGGACAUUCGCAGAUCAAAGCUUUCGAUAUCAGCAACCUCACGUCCACCGCCCAACCUUACGACUUCAAAUCUAAUGGACGAUUGCUUGGGUGGGGCCUGCGGAAUUCUGUGGGUGUGGCCGAGGAACCGUUGAUGGGAGGGAUAUACAGCGUUGAGAAUUCAGCAGAUGAGAUCGAUCGAGAUGGAGUCGAUAUACACCAGAACAAUCCAGGAGAGGAGUUGAAUUACCACGGAUUCCUGAACUCGUCGACUGAGGACCAGGGCGGCAAUUACGGGUAUCCGUACUGUUUUGCCCUGUGGAAUAUAAGCAUACCAGAGCUGGGGACCAUGAAAGUUGGAAGCCAGUUCGCGUUGACGCAGAAUGCUACGAUCAACGAUACCUUCUGUAACAACGAUCGGGUAGCUCCACGAUUAACGUUCUUCGCUCAUAUGGCCCCACUGGAUAUCAAGUUCCUGCCAAAUGGAACAGAAGCUUUCGUCACGUUCCACGGAAGCUGGCAAGCUCUUCCCUUUCAGACCUCAUAUCUAAGCUCUACUGACGAAUUUAGGGACCGCUCCGAUCCAGUAGGAUACAAACUCUCAACCGUCGCUUUCGCCGCCGGUUCCCCAGUCGCAGCUUCAGACAGCAUAACUGCCGCAGUUGAUAUCAUGGCAAACGCAGAUAACUCAAACUGCCCAGAUCAGUGUUUCAGACCUGUAGGCUUGGCGCUCGAUUCGAAGGAUCGAGUCUUCAUGAGCUCGGGUUCAACGGGCGAGAUUUAUGUGUUGGCUAAA